AUGAAGCGAAAGGCGGGCGACGAGGACCACGCUCGGCCCAAGCGAGGCCGCCUUGACACCUCGGACGACUAUCCCGACAUCGUCGACCAGGACGAUGCAAACGACUCGGACUAUUCCGACCACGACAAUGCCUCCUCGUCGGCAAACACUGCCCACACCCCGCUCACCCCCAUGUCUGGCAUGUCCCCAAGCAAGCCCAGAUUCCCUUCCGACCUCAAAACCAUCCGAUGCACCUGGCCCGGCUGUGAGAAGGCCUUCAACCGCCCAGCCCGCCUGACCGCCCACCUGCGCUCCCACACCAACGAGCGGCCCUUCAAGUGCGCCGAGCCCGGCUGUGACAAGGCAUACAUUGAGGAGAAACACCUGAAGCAGCACACCAAGAGCGUCCACUCCACUGAACGCCAGUAUACUUGCCAGCAGCCGGGUUGCGGCAAGAGCUUCCUGACGAGCACUCGCCUGAACCGCCACCAGCUCGUCCACGAGGGCCAGGAACGCUUCCGGUGCCGUGACUUUCCGCCCUGCAGCGAGUCCUUCCGCAAGCACACCACCCUUCAACGCCAUAUCCGCGCCGCUCAUCUCAACGCACCCGCCUUCCAAUGUACGCUUGACGACUGCAAGGCUGGCUUCGAUACGGCCAAUUCAUUGAAGCGGCACAUUGAGCGAGAACACGGCGACAAGAAGUUCUACUGCGAGGACUGCAGCCAGGGGACGGGCGCCGACGCCAGCGGCGCCCAAGUCGGUUUCCCGACUUUGGAGCUCCUCCAGCACCAUGUGCGGAAAGCGCACAUCAGCUGUACCUUCUGCGACCGUAGCUUCUCCACCAGAGACGAGAUGGAGGGCCAUAUAGAGGCUGAACACUCCAAGCACACCCUUGACGACCGCAAGAAGUUCACAUGCACCUGGGAGGCAUGCGGCAAGUCCUUCGUCAAGCAGUCCAACCUCGCAGCCCAUGUGCGAAGCGUACAUGAGGGAGUACGAUUCGUAUGUGGCCGAGUGGAUGUCAGUGGCGUUGAAGACUUGGCCGACUGGCCUCUAUCCGAUGGCUGUGGUGAUAGUUUCACUACCAAGGGCAACUUGGAGAAACACAUUCGCCAUGUGCACAAACGCAUUCCGCGUCCCCUGUCGGACAAACCUGAGAAGAGACUCCCUCAAGAUGCCCUCGGCCAACUUACUGGUACAAGCGACGUGGCUCGGCGUACCAUACCCUGUUCUUGGCAAGGUUGUUCGCACAAGUUCGCCCAGUUGGCCGAUAUGCAGGAUCAUCUUCAGACCCACUUCGAGCAGACUCUGGGAUCAGAUCUCGCGGAGGACUUCGCCAUGCCGACUAUCUCCGAGUCAGGCAUGAUCGAUUUCAGCUUGCCUUCGCCAUUUGGUAGCCACCCUGUCACUCCUGGACUAGGUGAGGAAUGGGGCUACGCCCCGGUCGAGGAGGGCUUCCCGGUUCCUGAGUACUUCCCCGUUGCUGAGCGGGAGUGGAUGCACGACGAGGCCGAGAUGAGACAGCUCAUUGGGCCCGGUGAGCUUGAUGGCUUCAUCGACCCUGCUCUGAGAUAG